AUGAACUUGAAUUGGUUAGGUUUAUCAGAUGGGCAACGUCCAUCAGCACUUGCCAGUGGGCUUGUGAUUUUCUUGGGCUUCCUUUAUUUGUUAAAUUCGCGUGUUGUUGACAUUGUCGUACAUGUACGUCUGAUGCCUCAAGCACUAUUCAGCUUAGAAUUAAACCGAUUGUCGUUGUAUCCUUUACUUCAUCUGUCCUUUUUGCACUAUGCUUUGAACAGCAUCUCACUUUUCGGACCUCUUUCGUUCUUCGAGAAAACACACGGAACUGUCUACACUGGAGUGAUUCUUAAUUUGCUGGCUGUGUUUACCGCGUUACUGUAUUGUGUUGUGGGCCGAAUUUUGUAUCCUGAGGUCAGCGUUGUAGGCAGCAGUGGAUGGUGUUUCUCAUUUUUCGCCUACAUUGCUUUGAAAGAGUCCCAGAUUAACCCUCAACAAACCUAUUUCUCGCGGUUUUCGUUGCCGACCAUCUACACUCCUGUAGUUUUGCUGGUUUUAACGAAAAUAAUAUGCCCCGGUUCUAGCUUUUGGGGCCAUUUCUUUGGCAUGUGUGUGGGUUACGGAAUGGCAUUUAAGGAAAACUGGGUAAGCAAGCUCGUUCCCCCUAGCGCUCUCAUUACCAAGAUAGAGACGAAGCUGGACCGUGUCAUAAAUUUGAUCCCUUUUGGUAUCAAGUAUUACAGAGAACAAGAAGUCGACAGAACCGUUGGGUACACGAGCAUCUUCCCACAACAAGGCUCGGUGUUGCCAAUACACUCCGCAGAAGGUUUCCAAGGGCAGGGAAGAGCUUUGGGUGUUUAG